AAAACUUUUCUUGACUCUGCUUCUCUUGGCAGACUUUAUCUCCUAAUGAUACUUAAGAUUGAAUUGCAGUGUUGUUGAACAUAGGACAGCCAAAGUGUCAAAGCUGCAAAAGCAUGGGACCUUUCAUGUAUGGCUUUGGCAGACUGAAGAAUUGACAUGAAUCACCAUAAGCAAAGACCUGAAGGUAUUGGUUUUGUCUUUUUGUUUUCAGAGGGUCCAUAUGGAAUAUUUGCUGGCAGAGAUGCCUCCAGGGGACUAGCAACUUUCUGUCUAGAUAAAGAUGCACUCAGAGAUGAAUAUGAUGACCUAUCGGACUUAAAUGCUGUACAAAUGGAAAGUGUAAGAGAGUGGGAAAUGCAAUUUAAAGAAAAAUACGACUACGUAGGUAGACUCCUAAAACCAGGGGAAGAACCAUCAGAAUACACAGAUGAGGAAGAUACCAAGGAUCACACUAAACAGGAAUGAACUUUGUAAACAACCAAAGUCAGGGGCCUUCGGAACUGCAACCUCUUUUCCCCAUCACAGAAUGUCCUGCAUCUUUGGGUACAGUUCAUCUGCUGCGAAAAACAUUCAACAGGUUUUGUACAAGGAAAAUAAUAAAAUCACAACUGAAGAUUUGAAUACUAGACAUUAUUUGCGCUGCCAAACUUUUUGUUGCAGUUUAUUUGUAAUGUCUGGUAAGGCUUAGCGAAGAGGGGCCAGGGAUUUAAAGGCAAAAAUGCUAUUCCUUUUUAUCAGUAAGCUGAAGCCUUUUCAAAUAGCAUAUAUUACAAACUCUCUAAAGAUGUGAGUCUUCAAGCUCAGUGAAAGGUUUGAAACUUGUUUCAUGUUUGUCUUCUCCUUCAGCAUUAAACAAAGAUGUGCUCAUGUACAUCAGUAUCAGUUGGUUAGACUACUGACACUGGUGUUGUAAUGUGAAUUUCCAAUUUUGUUUUGUACGUGGGCCUUAGUAGCCCUGGCAGAAUACUUCAGUUCUCUAAGAGAAGUCCACAUAGAUCAGGAUGGGGGUAAAAUUGAUCCUCAAAAGGAUUGGGUAAAACUAUUUCUCUUCAACAACUAUUAUCUGAAGCCUGCCUCUCUCCCACUCCUUUUUCCCAUUCGUCUGAAUCAAAUCAAAUAUUAAUUGUGCCUUAUUUCGCUUGCAUAGACUUGAAUUGUUUUAAGGGAAAGCCCUCUUUCAUAGUCACUACAUAGCAACAUUGAGACUGAAGUUAGAAUGUUCUGUUGACUGGAAAACCUUGAUGUCAUUCUGUGUAUAGAAUGUAAAAGAGGAAUACUCAGUGUUACUGCCAUAUGUUAAUACUACAUAUACUUAAAUUAGCAUUGUGAUGGCCAAAUGCAUACUCCCACGCUUCUUUUUAAGUAAUUUAAAAAAAAAAAAAGUCACCCUUCCUCCUCUUCCAGAAGCUGCCUAACUUUUGGGAGCAUAGCCUUCACACCCCUGUAGAGUGAAGGGGCGUGCGCGCGUGUGUCUGUGUGCGUGUCUGUCUGAAUGCAAGACUUGAGAAGGAUUGUUUCUGCAGAUAUUGUAAAUACGAGUACCAUUUUAAUAAAGCAUGUACAAUACCAA